AUGGACGAAGUUAAUCUAGAGCACAUAAAAGAUCUCGUUGUAAAGCAAAGAAAAACACACUCUGAAGUAAGCUUGAUAUUACAAGAAGCAUUUCCAGGAAAAAGAGGGCUUAGUGAAAGAUCAGUAAGAAGAUUUUGCUGUGAGAAUGACAUACACUCACAACAACGCGUAUCUAAUCAUGAUUUGGAACAGUGUGCAAGGACAGUUGUCGCAAAG